CCCUAAAGGUGUCUGUGCGAUAUGGAACCCCAGAAUAUAACACAUGUGUCUGAAUUCCUUCUCUUGGGCCUCUCAGGCGAACCAGCACUACAGAUACCCAUCUUUGGUAUAUUUUUAUCCAUGUAUUUGAUCACUGUGAUUGGGAACCUGCUCCUUAUCCUGGCUGUAAGCUAUGAUAGCCACCUCCACACCCCCAUGUACUUCUUCCUUUCCAACCUGUCAUUAGCGGACAUUGUUUUCACCUCCACCACUGUCCCAAAGAUGCUUAAUGACAUCCAUAUACAACACAAAGUUAUCACCUAUGUCAACUGCUUCGUUCAGUUAUCAUUGCUUAAUUUUUUUGGAGGUAUGGACAGUGGGCUAAUCACUGCAAUGGCCUGUGACCGAUUUGUGGCCAUUUGUCACCCCCUGCACUACCCAAUUAUUAUGAACCCCCGUCUAUGUGGUCUACUGGUUCUGGCUUCUUUUUUCUAUAGCCUUUUGGAUUCACAGAUGCACUACUUGAUAGUGUCACACUUUAUCUUCUGCACAGAUGUAGAAAUCCCUAGUUACUUCUGUAACCUUCCACAGCUUCUCAACUUAACCUGUUCUUCCACGUCCACCAAUACUAUAUUAGUAUAUUGUAUGAGUGUCAUCUUUGGUGGUGUUCCAGUUUCAUUGAUCCUUUUCUCUUACAUGAGAAUUGUUUCCUCCAUUCUGAGAAUCCCAUCACCAGGUGGGAAAUAUAAAGCCUUUUCCACCUGUGGCUCUCACCUCUCCGUUGUUUGUUUGUUUUAUGGAACAGGUCUUGGAGUGUACCUCAGUGCAGUUGUCUCACCCUCUCACAGGAGUGGUGCGGUGGCCUCAGUGAUGUACACCAUUGUCACUCCAAUGCUGAACCCCUUCAUUUACAGCCUGAGAAACAAGGACAUAAAGAGAGCCCUGGAGAAGCUCCUCAGCAGACUAACUUGUUUUAAAUACCAUGCCAUUGUUUUUGGUUUAUGA